AUGAGCGGUCAGUCGGGCGCAACGACUGUGCUCAAAUUACCGCGCGAGCUGCUCGUGGAGGUCAUCAGUGUCGCGGCCAGCGUGUACGACAUCGCACGCCUCGACUGCGCAUGCAGCAGCUUCCGGGAGGUCAUCGAAGAUGCCUUGCGGCUGCGGGCUACAAGAGCUGGGACUAUUGCCGUCACUGAGUUGCCGCCGAGCGCAGUCUCAUGGACGCAGCAGCUGUGCUUCGACGAGCUGCGGCGCGCGUCCUCGUACCGUGGCAUGCAUUUUGCUAUCAGCCACGGUUGCGUCCAAAGUUCCCAUGUCGCGCUUGUCGAUCACGAGGGCAGUGUGCUGACAUGUGGCGUUAAUAUUCCCGACGGCAACAGCGAAUAUUUCCCCGAGGACGAGGACGGGGAGGUGCCAAUAAUCGGCUUGCUCGGCCGUGGUGACUGCCCAAGCCAGUACCAUCCGGCUCGAGUGCCGGGCUUCGCCGUGCGCGUCGAUGCAGUGUCUGUCAACACUCACAGCACGCUCAUUCUCGGGCACGAUGGCGUGGUGUACUCUUGUGGAGGUGGGUGUGAUGGUCAGCUCGGCCACGGCGACAGGGGCAUCCACCUCAUUCCAAAGGCGAUCCAGGCGCUGCUAGGCAAGCGAAUUGUCGCGAUCGCGGCGGGGAGGAGUCAUAGCCUAUUCGUCGAUGCGGUCGGCAUUGCAUACUCCUGCGGGGAGGGCUUUGGUGGGAAUCUCGGCCAUGGCAACCAAGCGCGCCAGCUAACGCCGAUACCCGUCAGGGCCCUGAGACGCAAGCGAAUCUGCGCAGUCGCGGCCUCAGAAGGCAGUUUCUUCUUGGAUGACGCCGGCGUGGCCUACUCCUGCGGACAGGGCGGGAAAGGCUAUGCCGGCACAGAUGACGGGGGCUUGUUUCAGCUCACGCCGAGGUCGAUCUGUGGCGCGCUGCUUGAUAAGCAGAUCUGCGCAAUAGCAGCUGGCGGCAUCCACACGAUAUUUCUCGACACUGCCGGCGUGGCAUACUCCUGCGGGUUCGGUGGUGAGGGGAGGCUUGGCCAUGGUGACGAACUCCGCCAGGACACUCCGAAGCCAAUCGACGCACUGCGGGGCAUGCGAAUCUGUGCCAUUGCAGCUGGCGGCUCUGCUAGUUUUUUCGUGGACAUGAGCGGCGUGGCCUACUCUUGUGGAUCUGGGCCGCUUGCCAACGGCAGGGAGUGGGGCCGCCCGGCGCCUACCCCUCGGGGGGGGCCGGGGGUGCUUGCGCCUACCCCUCUCGAGGAUCUGUUGGGUCAGCGCGUCUGCGCGGUGGCUACGACGAACUGCCGCAGCUUGAUCUUGCUACAGGACGGGCGGAUGUUCGACGCGGUGGAGCAUCCCGGGGCGACAGCGUUUGGCAUCAGCUCGGUACCGAGGGGAAUUGUGGUUCCCUGGAAUUGCCACUCGUUCCAGGGGCUGCGGGUAUUGUAG